AUGGCAAAAUCUGCUCGUGACUUGGCGCAUGGCCAAGACGCCCUCACUGUCGGGGUGCUGGUUGGCGCGUUUGUCAGUCCUGGUUUUGCCAGCAAAAUUCCGGGCUUCCAGGUGGAAAAAUGUCCGUGGUGUGACUGUGAGGGAUUUUUCCAGCACGUGGCUUGGGAGUGCCCGGCGUAUCCUUAUGAAAGAUCAGCUUUGCCUGAAUCCAGGAUCACUCAACGACUGGGCUGGGGCUGCUCGAUAUCUUUGCAGCAUCUUGCUAAGGACUGGACGGAAGAAUCUGCAACAGCCUACUGCUCAAAGUUUGGCAGAUUGCUGGAGCUUGGCGCUGAGUCAACGCUAAAGCUGGACCAUUCCGGAGCCCUGGCAACCUACGAAAGCUGUGAAGCGGCGGCCAAGGUGCUGUCCACGCCAGGAUGUGGAGAGGAUUUUGCCAUCGCCUUUGCCAAGCUGGGUGCACCCAAGCCCUACUAUCCACCCACGGCAGGAACAGCAGGGAAGGACAUUGUGCCGAAUUCGCUGGAUCCGGAGCCUGCGGAGCCUCCAGAGCCUGCGGAGCCCGAGGCCAAUGCAUAUUGGGAGGAGGCUGCGACUUGGAAGCCCGACUAUCCAGCGGCCAAAGGCUGGAUGGACCAACAUGUGACGCUUCCCGAUGCCCCUGCGGAGCCUGCAGAGCCCGCGGAGCCUGAGGCCAAUGCAUAUUGGGAGGAGGCUGCGACUUGGAAGCCCGACUAUCCAGCGGCCAAAGGCUGGAACAGCUGGGAUCGCUGGGACCGCGGGAACAGCUGGGACCGCUGGGACCACGGGGACCGCUGGGACCGCGGGGACCGCUGGGACCGCUGGGACCAUGGUGAUCCCGGCGCCGCGCUUGCUGACACCCAAGAAGAAACCGACAUGGUCGAGGUGGAGAUCGAUGAGGAACCGAAGCUGCCGGAACCGGAAGAUGUCUUCCUGCUGGUCCGAAGCAAGGGCUCCAACCAAAUGACCACGUCCGAUGUCUUCAAGGUCUUUGGUAAGUACAGCCUGGCCGGGAGCCUGGCCGGGGGAGGUGCUGAUGGGCACAUUUGA